UUUUUGGUAACGAGCGGAGAGGAGAUGCACACGGCACUCGAGUGAGGGUGCAAGUUUCAGAAGAGUUGUUACACCCCCAUUUAAUUACACCAAGACUGGGGGCCAAGCAGGCAAAGAAGUGUUUGGUGACGAGAAUUGAGGGGACAAUGCGAGUCCACAUGCACACCAAGUUCUGUUUCCUGUGUGUGCUCACGUUCCUCUUCCAUCAGUGCAGCCACUGCCAUGAAGGAGGACACCACCAUCAGCACGAUGGGCAUCACCACAAUGAUCAUGACAGCGCUCACAGCGACCUGCAGAUUUCUGAGGCUCCAUACGUGAGAGGGGUCACAGAGUCCCCAGGGUCCAAGAGUGGGCACGCUGGGGAUGCUCUUGAGGAGGAACAGCGCUUCUACAUCCAGCAGCUUUUCAGGCGCUAUGGCCAGGAAGACCGGUUAGAUUUCAAGGGCUUUCAGAGUCUGUUGUUUAGCUUGGGAUUGGGAGAAGUGAAGGUUGUAGGUUUGGAUCAUGAGGAUCUGGGCCAUGACCAUGUAGCCCACCUCGAGGUGUUGGAUAUGCUGCACGGACAUUCAUCCACUAACGCUGGUCACAGCCACGGCCAGGGCCAGGGCCACCGGCACAGUCACACCACACAGAUGCGUCCACACCAAAAACAAGACUCUCAGCAUCCACACACAGAAGGAGCUCCCACUCGGUGCAGCCAAACCACUGCUGGACCAACAGAGCAUGAACAUGAUCACGAACACGAUCACGAUCAUGAUCACGAUCAUGAACAUGACCAUGAUCACAAUCACGAUCACAAUCACACCAAGGUAGAGGAGAAUGACCAUCAACAUGACACACACGACUUUGGCGACCACAACAAUCACAAUCACACACAUGAUGAAGAGCACAAACACCAGCAGGUUAACCACAGGGACCUGUCUUCUCAGCCUCACCCUGAUCACGACCACAGCAACCACAGUGAUCAUGAACAUGACUACAAUCAUAUUCAUGAAGUGCACACAGACAUAGGCGGCACUCACCUCGACCAGGAAACGCUGGAGCCAUCUCAGGUGCCCCAGAGGCUGCAGCCCACCCCGACAGAAAACCGACCCAAGAAACCCCGGAAACCGGGAAGAGUCAGGGGACAGCGAGGGCGAGACAAAACCACAUCUUCUCACACACCUGCAUCUGAUGACCACGACCACGACAACACUCAUGACCAUAACCACACACAUGGUCACAGCCACUCUCAUAAAGAUAAGAGAGAGGCACCGGGGGCACUUCCCGUGCCCACUCUGCCGGUCUUCAUGCCAGCUGGUCAUCCAGGUGGAUUAACCCAUCAGCAUGAGGAGUGUUUGAACCUCACUCAGCUCCUCACUUACUACGGCCUCAAUCCCGACUCGCUCAUCUCCCCCCGCCAGUUUGCGUAUCUGUGUCCUGCCUUGCUCUACCAAAUAGACAGGCGGGUCUGCAUCCUCCAUUAUGAGCAGAUGGAUGUGGAGCAGGAAGCCUUUGAGCCUGCCAGUUCUGUCAUCUGUUGCUCCUCUUCCUGUCUUCAGUCUCAAGGGCAGCACGAUCACAGCAAACAUGGGGCCGACGAGGAAGAAGAUAUGGCAACAGCUUUUGAUGGAGUGUGGAAGGGGCUUACAGCCUUGGCCGGCAUCUACCUCCUCUUCAUCAUCGAACACUGUAUUGGCAUGUUUAAGCACUACAAAGACCAGAGGGGCAUGAAGAAGGUGAAUGAGGAGGGCAAGAUUGGCAGGAAGUUGUCAGAUCAUAAGUUAAAUCGGCGCUCGGAUGCAGAGUGGCUCCACCUUAAGCCGCUCAAUGAAGACCCCGACAGCACAGCUGUCUCCUGCGACAACAGCCACAACGACACGCAGCUCACCGAGCUCCAGACGCCCGACUCUCCCACCAACAAGACGCCGCUGGCACCCGCAAACCUCGGUCAGUCCCCCGCCAAGGAGAAUGGACGUAAAACCAAGAAGCACUCGCACGGACACGGUCACUCUCAUGGAGGAAACUGCCACUCGGAUCAGGAGAUGAAGGACGCUGGGAUAGCCAGCAUUGCCUGGAUGGUCAUCAUGGGAGACGGCAUGCACAAUUUCAGCGAUGGCCUCGCCAUAGGCGCUGCGUUCAGUGCAAACCUGACAGGUGGCAUCAGCACAUCAGUGGCUGUUUUCUGCCACGAAUUACCUCAUGAACUCGGUGACUUUGCGGUGCUGCUGAAAGCCGGGAUGUCGGUGAAGCAGGCUAUUGUCUACAAUCUGCUGUCAGCCCUCAUGGCCUACGUUGGCAUGCUGAUUGGCACUGCGGUGGGCCAGUACACGCACAAUGUCACCAACUGGAUCUUCGCCAUCACAGCUGGCAUGUUCCUUUAUGUGGCUCUGGUGGAUAUGCUGCCAGAAAUGCUUCACGGGGACAGUGAGGAGCACAAGCGGUGCCAGCUGGGACACUUUAUCCUGCAGAACCUGGGCAUGCUGACUGGGUUCGCCAUCAUGCUGCUCAUCGCCAUCUUCGAAGACCGCAUUGUUUUCGAUUUUGGCUUCUAGUGGAGGACAGAGGAAGCAGAAGGAGGGGAGAGCUGGAUGUAUCAGUGUUGUUCUUGGCCUUAACUUGCUCUGUUUGCAAUGUAACGGCCCGGUCUUGCAUGCAACGUGUCUCGUUCAUGGCCUGUGCCUCCAUUCCAAACAUGCUGCGGUAGCUUAUGCAUAUCUCAUGACUCUGGUAGUGUUGUUCAUACUCUGCUCCUCCAUCACUUCUCCUCCGUCAGUUCCAAUCUGUCUGCUCCCUGUGAAACAUAAAGAGGCAGAGUGACGGAGGAGCAAAGUUAUGCCCCAACCAGGAUACACCUCUGUUCUGAACGUUUAAAAGAAUAAAAUAAUGUAGAUAGUGAGGUGGUGCAGGGCGUGUGUUCAUACAGAGAGGCAGCUGUCACGGCUCAGCAGCUCGCCGCCUAUCCAUCAUCACCUGUUGUUAGUGUGUUGUCGUCGUACACCUCCCCGUGUCCUCGUCUCUCAUCCCCUCUGUGCUGUGUCCUGUCAGCUGUGCCGCGUACAUCUGUGGUGUGUGUUUCACCUGCCAUCCAUCGUCGCCGUCUUAUGUGAUCACGUCGUGUAUCAAACGCCGUCGUGCCAAGCCCCGGCCACUGGAGCAGCUCCACAGCUGCAUCGCACAGUGCCCUUAAAGCGACGCUGGCUGCUACAUGUGGAAUAAACUAUUUUAGCUGGUGUUGCUUCACCUGCAAAACACGCUGACAGUUUUAAGCUGCAGUAUCAAAACAGAAAAGAAUUUAGCUGUUUGUGUGUGGGAGAUUGUCUUAAUUACUCAGUUUUUAUUUUAUUUUUGCUGCCAUUAACUUUAGUUUUGCCCUUAGAAUUACGUUUUACCGCCUAAUUUUUUUAAGACUACUAAACCUUUGUAGUUUGUAGUAGCCCUUUUCAGACAUGGGAUAGGUAACAAGUGACAGUAUUCUGUAAUUCAAACAUAGGUUUCUUCUUCUUCAGUGCUUUGAAUAGUUCUGUUAUAAUUGAGACAAAAACUGUUUUUAGAGAUUUUUAAUGUUUUUUACUGCUGCUGGCAUCAGACCGCCAACCCAAAGGUUUCUUAGUGGGAGUAGAUGCAAAUACACGCAAAGCCAAUGUGACUAAAGUCAUCAAAAUAUGUCUGUAUGGAGCGCAUCUAAAAACUAAAUUGGGAACAUUCAGAUCCAGUAAAUGAAAGUUGUUGUUUUUUUAAAGCGUGUCUGAAAAGGGUUACUGACAGCUGCUGCUAACAGCUGCCAAAGCCUUUACACACUAGCAUUUACAGUAAUCAGUGUUUUCUUUUUGUCUACUUUGGGAACCAAAUGCUGCAAACGUCCAGCCAACUUUGUUCUGUAAGGGUCUAACUAUCUUCAGCUAAAUGAGAACGUUUCUUACUUAGGCCUCUUUGAGAGUCACCGACUUCAAAAUGUGAAUUAAACUUAUUUUUAUCUUCAUAACAAGUGUUGUAGUUUACUCGAUUUUUGUUUAGGGUGCCUCUUUGAGUUCCUGAAAGGUACUUUGUCCCAUUGGACCAAACUGUGGUCUGUAGUUAUGGUAGGAGGUUCAGUUGUCUCAUCUUCACUGAUGAGACUUACAUCUGUGGAUGUACUGUAAAUACAUGAGGUCUGUCUAGCGUCAGUUGUUGUGCAGCUAAAAGUUGAAGCUAAAAAUUCUUCCUGCUAAAAGUGUUUGUUGAAGAAUGAAUUCCCGACAAUCUGUGACAGAUGACGCAAAGAGCAGUACACUCCAGUGCUUCUAAACGUCCCAGCACUUCUAGUAAUCGAUUAACCAGGUUAUCGAUCCAAAGCACAAAGGUUAUUUAAUGGGAGUAUUUUUCCAACCAUGUGUAGUCACUGUGCUGGCUGUGCCCAAACUGGCCACAGUGUGGAUUUUCAGCAGCUGGUGCUUGACGCCACCCAUCAUCCCGCCCACCCCGACAUUCCAUUGGCUGCUCUGUGGCUCACAUGCUAAAGCUACCAAUCCUAGCUUCAGCUGCUGGAGCACGCAGACUUCAGUUAUCCUGUCACUGUGUGACAUCCAUCGUCUGUCUUAACUGGCUGUAAAUCGUCGUGAGUCUCACUGAUCUGACUGAAUCAUGCAUGAAGCAUGAGUGAAGCGGUACAGACGUGUUGGGUGUUUUAUUCUUUGUACUGCAAGAGUAAAAACGGUGAAAACUUUUUGUUCCUUUUUAAAUGAACUGUGUGAAGAUCAUGGGAGGUUGUCCAGGGUGUAUUGUGACGGUGUUACAAGCCUUUUUUAAAAAAGUUUUUAUUAUUUUGAAGCAGAUUAUGUUGCGACCAAAGUCGUCUUAUUAUCUGCACGGUUAUUCUUUGUAUAAGUGUUUUAUUAUUUCAUCUUAUGUUCACAUGGAAUUUUAGUGCAAUGGGACCUGAAUGUAUUUUAAUUCAGAAUCAAAUGAAGCUUAUUAUUUCCCCCUUUUUAAAAUAUAAGUUUACAUCUAUUUGAUUGUUUUUCUCCAAUAUUGACUGUUUUAUUUUUCUUUUUUUAAAUAAUUUAAACCUUUACCGCCCUGUUGAGUGCUCAGUAAGACUUUGUGACACAUCGCCCAAAGUUUCCUCACUGUUUCUCAGGCAAAAAGACCAUGAUCAUAUUUGCUUUGCUCUGUGUAUAUUUGUUUAGUGACCUGGAUAUAAAAUGCAAAAUGUGAUAUCCUUGCUUUUUGCCUGUCUGUACAUUCUCCCCUACGGAAGGAAAAUAAACUCUG